AUGGCGCCUUCAGUUCUGCAAAAUGGUGGAUUCAUCUUGGGUCUCAUCGGUGCAACUGCCCUCAUUGCAGCCACAGCCAUGAACAACUGGAGCGUUAAGGACAGGCAGGAGCAGGUCGUGACCUCCGUUUAUACCUACAAGGGUCUGUGGCAAGACUGUGAGACGACCUCCGCCGGACUCACAGAGUGCCGCCCGCUCUACGGCCUUCUGGGUUACUCAGGUACCUUCCAGGCGGUGCGAGCUCUGAUGGUAGUGGGUGUGGUGCUGAGCGUGCUCGGGACGCUGAUAUCAGUUUUUUCCCUGAGCUGCCUCACAAUGAACAAGAUGGCAGACAGCGCAAAGGCUAAGAUGAGCCUCACUGCUGGCAUCAUGUUCAUCAUCGCAGGUGUGUGUGGCAUUGCAGGAGCUUCUGUGUAUGCCAAUCAAAUUGUGGAAAGUUUCAGGACGUCCACCUACACCAGCUACACACAAGAAAUGAUGGGAGAGGGGAUGGGAAUGGGUGGAGUAGAAAUAACCACUUACACAUUUGGCCCAGCACUGUUCGUUGGCUGGAUCGGCGGGGGCGUCCUGCUCAUUGGUGGCAUCCUGAAGUCUCUCGCUUUCAGAGAGAUGAUAAAAGAUGAGAAACCACGUUACCCAGGGGUUGUGUACAAACCUCAGUCCAACAACAAAACUGAAGUGAUGGACCACCGCUCAGAGGGAGGCAAGAAAGAGCACCAGUAUGUGUAA